AUUCCAUCCUUCCCUAAACACACACAAACAUCCAUUUCUCAGCUUUCGAAAAGUAACUGACAUACAACAAAUAUCGAAUGGCUUCUUCAAAUUAUGUACUACUUCUUCUGGCCUCUUUGAUGGCUGCUUCUGCCAGCAAUUUUUAUAAUGAUUUUGAUAUUACAUGGGGAGAUGGUCGUGCUAAGAUACUCAACAAUGGUGAACUUCUUACUCUCACCCUUGAUAAAGCUUCAGGCUCAGGAUUUCAGUCCAAGAAUGAGUAUCUUUUUGGAAAGAUUGAUAUGCAAAUCAAACUUGUUCCUGGAAACUCUGCUGGCACUGUCACUGCCUAUUAUUUAUCCUCAAAAGGGUCUGCAUGGGAUGAGAUAGACUUUGAGUUUCUGGGGAAUUUGAGCGGUGAUCCUUACAUUCUUCAUACUAAUGUGUUUAGCCAAGGCAAAGGCAACAGAGAGCAACAAUUCUAUCUAUGGUUUGACCCAACUGCAGAUUUUUACACCUAUUCCAUCCUUUGGAAUCCUCAUCGCAUCAUUUUGUAGGUCGCGCAUGGAAUGAAAUUUCCGGUGAAGUUUAUUCCACGUGGAUGCCGGCGCUCUGGUAACCUAAACACGUAGAUACGGUGCAUUUACAUAGAUACGGUGCGUUUUAAAGCAAAAGCAGAAAUGUUGCGUUUUGCCUUAUAGAAACGGUGCGUUUUUCACAUAUUAAAUUGAAGAUCCUUGUUCCCAAAUGUAUCGUGCUUCAUAUGCCCCAAAUCCCUAAUUUCCAACUCAGUUGCAAUCUGUAACCCUAGUUUUUCUUAUUCUCGUGGUUGACAUUUGUCUGCUAGUUUGUAGGUCGCGCAUGGAAGAGGUAAUGGUGUUGUAUUAGGUUGAUUGAAAGAUUCAUUUGAAACUUUUGAUCCUGUAAUGCUUAAAUUGCGAGCUGGAUCAGUAGUUCGAUGGCUUCACCUUGACAUAUGAAUGUCUUCCUUAUACGAAAGAGGUAAUGAAUCAUUUGAAGGCUGAAAGGACGCAUUAGAAGAGAUAAUGAAAGUGAAGAUGGUAAUGGAGUCAACUAUUGCGGAAAACUUGAUGACUGCAGAAAGCUUGAUGACUGCAGAAAACUUGAUAAAUGCAGAAAACUUGAUUACUGCAGAAAGCUUAAUUCUGAGAAGAAAAUGCUACAAAGAGAGUGUCCUGAUGUGGUUUGAGAAAGUUUUGUAUUGUAUUACUCAUUGGUAUUGGUAUUGUAAUGCCAAUGAGUUUAGCUUAACUGUUGGAUAAAUGUUUAUUUUGUAAUUUGAACAGAAAUAUUGAAUAAAUGACAAUGUUAAUUUA